CGUGCAUCAAAGAAGACGCAGGCGUACGAGGCCUAAGGGCGGGUUCACACGGCGCCGCCCCGGCUCGCGCGGCACUCCGGGCCGCGGCGUGGCGCCGCGCUGACAUGGCGUCCGUACAGCGCCCGCCGAUCCCCAAGGUGGGCCGCCCCCGCGGUCGGCAGUGAGAUGGCGGUGAAGUCGGCCACGCCGGCGCCGGGCGAGCGCGAGACCUGGGGCAAGAAGGUGGACUUCCUGCUCUCGGUCAUCGGCUUCGCGGUGGACCUGGCCAACGUGUGGCGCUUCCCCUACCUGUGCUACAAGAAUGGAGGCGGUGCGUUCCUGGUGCCGUACUGCAUCAUGCUGGUGGUGGGCGGCAUCCCGCUGUUCUACAUGGAGCUGGCGCUGGGCCAGUUCCACCGCAAGGGCGCCAUCACCUGCUGGGGCCGCCUCGUGCCGCUCUUCAAAGGUAUCGGGUACGCGGUGGUGCUGAUCGCGUUCUACGUGGACUUCUACUACAACGUGAUCAUCGCGUGGGCGCUGCGCUUCUUCUUCGCGUCCUUCACCACCAUGCUGCCCUGGACCAACUGCGACAACGAGUGGAACACGCCGGCCUGCCGCCCUUUCGAAGCCAUCUGGGAGCAGAACAACAUUACGCGCAACGGCUCAACACUGGCGCCGCCCGUCACCACACCCUUCACUUCAGCUGCCUCCGAGUACUUCAACCGAGCGAUCCUGGAGCUGCACGGCAGCGCGGGGCUGCACGACCUGGGCGCCGUGAAGUGGGACAUGGCGCUGUGCCUGCUCGCCGUCUACAUCAUCUGUUACUUCUCGCUGUGGAAGGGCAUCAGCACCUCGGGGAAGGUGGUGUGGUUCACGGCGCUGUUCCCGUACGCCGUGCUGCUGAUCCUGCUGGUGCGCGGCGUCACGCUGCCCGGCUCCGCCAACGGCAUCCGCUACUACCUCAGCCCCAACUUCGAGGCCAUCACGCAGCCGCAGGUGUGGGUGGACGCAGCCACGCAAGUCUUCUUCUCCCUCGGCCCCGGGUUCGGUGUCCUGCUCGCCUACGCGUCCUACAACAAGUACCAUAACAACGUAUACAAAGACGCGAUCCUGACCAGCAUGAUCAACUCCGCCACCUCGUUCAUCGCCGGCUUCGUGAUCUUCAGCGUGCUGGGCUACAUGGCGCUGGCGUCGGGCCGGGACGUGCAGGACGUGGCCACCGAGGGCCCGGGGCUGGUGUUCGUGGUGUACCCCGCCGCGAUCGCCACCAUGCCCGGGUCUACCUUCUGGGCGCUGAUUUUCUUUAUGAUGCUGCUUACGUUGGGAUUGGAUAGCUCUUUCGGUGGUUCUGAAGCAAUAAUAACGGCUCUGAGCGACGAGUACCCUCCCAUCGGGCGCCACCGCGAGAUCUUCGUGGCCUGUCUCUUCACUCUGUACUUCUUCGUCGGCCUGGCAUCCUGCACCAAGGGGGGCUUCUACUUCUUCCAACUGCUGGAUCGGUACGCCGCAGGGUAUUCCAUCUUGGUGGCUGUGUUCUUUGAGGCUAUCGCUGUCUCUUGGAUCUAUGGUACGGAGCGGUUCUGUGAAGACAUCCGCGACAUGAUAGGCUUCCGGCCCGGCCUCUACUGGCGUGUCUGCUGGCGCUACGUGGCCCCGAUAUUCCUGCUCUUCAUCAUUGUCUAUGGCCUGCUCGACUAUGAACCGCUGCAGUAUGAGGGCUACAUAUACCCCAUGUGGGCCAACAUACUGGGCUGGGCUAUAGCGGGCUCCAGUGUGCUGUGUAUCCCUGUGGUCGCCAUUUUCAAGAUCUUGACCACUAAGGGCAGCUUCACUGAGCGCAUACGCAUCCUAACAACCCCGUAUGCGGACUCCGAAGCAUCCAGAACGGCUACCAAUGGCAUGGUGGUGAGCGAGAGCGGCGGCGUGCGGCUGUCCUCGUCCCUCCACACCCCCACGUCCCCCGCCUCCCCUGACGCCCCCGCUGUUGUCUGAACUCAGCUCUCCUUUGACGUCUAUUAUGUUUAAUUUUUUUUUCUGACAGUUCAUCAGCUGCCAGUGUUUUCCCCCGAUUUUGUGAAAGGAGAUUGCAACCUCUGAUACUUGGAUCAAAGGUCUUGAAUGGUAGGAUUUCGUUUCUACAGCAAUGUUUUUAUUUAUUAUUAAGUUUCUAUUAUUUCGCUAUCACUCCUAAAAAAUAGGCUACUAUAGCUAUAUUUUAUUAAUUAUUAUACAUAUUAUUAAGAAAUUAAUCACAAUAAUAAAAAAUAGAUAAUAGAAUAGCAUAGUAAGUCCUUUUGUUGAAAUGGCGGUUUAUCAUAAAUACUUUAUAUAUGUACCUAGAUUAUUAGUAGGAAUAGAAAAUGUAUGUAAACAUGGCGGGGAAAGGGAUUAAGUAUAUAAAAAGGUUGAGACAACUUGAUAUGAAUAUGUAUUUCAGAACAUGUCUUAUGGUUAGUAUGAAAUUGUAAGAAGUGAGUAGGUAAUAAUAGUAUGGUAAAAUAAUGGAAUAUGAUAUCUUAUUUAGUUUCAUCGCAGAUAUUGAUACUUACCUAAUUGAAAUAUAAAUCUUUUCAGAAUACCGUCGAUGUCAUUAGGGCCUUAAUUUUAGGAUGGGAACGUAUUUAAAGAUCAACAACUUAUUUAUAGUGAAAAAUAACAAUAACCAGAAAUUACAGGCAGCAGAGCUAGAGAUUCACAAGUAUCUACACACUUUUGUACAUUGACAAACACAAACCGCGUAUUCAUUCAUGAAACGUUGGUUUGUAACUCAGACAGGUACAAAACUGUAUAGCUUCUUAUAAACCCGACCGUGUUUCGUAUAAUGUAUGAGUACGUUCCCUUAUUUUAUACACAUAUUUACUGUAGUAAUUGUUAUUUAAUAUACUGAAGCAAUGUGGUUGAAACAGGAACAAAUGAUUAAAAUACAUUUCUAAUCCAAGCAUUUUAUCAGUCUGACCCUGGGUUCGGUAUUCUGAUAAAAUGUGGGUUUAGGCUCCCAAUCCCACCCGACCCGACACACCCAUCUGUUACGUAGUAAGUAUAGUGACCCUCUUUCUUUAUUUAAAAUAUUUAUUUGGGUUGGUUUUUAUACAUACGUGAACAAGUAUUGAUUAAAUGCUUUAAUGUAGAGUUAAGUUAACUUAUCAAGUUAUCACAUAUUUUAUUAGCAUGUUUAAUGUUUAUAAUUCGAAACUUUAUUUUAGUAUCAAUAAAAAUCCUAAUCCAUAAACCACGUUAUAGUAUUUUAGAACUAGGAUUUAAUAAGCUGUAAAUCUACAAGAAAACGUGUAUCAAUGCAUUAAUUGGGUAGUCGCAUAUAAUGAUAUUUAUUCUAAUUCAUUAGGUAAUAAAUACGUAGCCAUAUUAUAUUUCAACAAUAUUAAGUAGAUCAUAUAAAUUCUUGAGAAAGUUCUUUAAGUACAUAUAUAAAUUAAUCGAAAACGUACGAAAUUUAUAUGUAGGUUCUUUUAUUUACUCAAUGGUGUAGUGUUUAAUCAACCAUAAUCACAAGUAGACAGUCAUAGCUAAAGGUUUCUAAGGGACGAAAAUUGUAAUGAUAUUUUUUACUUGAUGAUAUUUUAAUGCAUACCUAUAGGCAUUAUUUUGUUACUUAGGUAUUAUUUACAUUGUCUAUUUUUAAACUACUUUGGUCUAGUUUAAUCCCUGAAUCAUUAUAGAUGCGGAAUGAAGUAUGUUUUUUUUAUUAGUGGUAGUAAGUGCAUUUAAUUGAGGUAUUUUAGGAUAUAAGGAAAAAACACAUGCUGUGUAGAUAAUAGAAAUCAUAGAUUAUAAUGUUAUUUACCUUAUCUAUAUAGGUACCUAAAUAUAAUCCUAGGAUACCUGCAUAUUUAUUCACUAGUUCAUAUACCCACGUACCUAAACUAUUUUAUCUCAUAUAGAUAUACCUCUAUACUCGGUAUUCGGUAUUGUAUUUAAACAUAAAUACUUACUCACAUUUAAUCACUUUCACUUCUAAAUGUUGUAAAAUACUUAGGGUGCUCCAUUUUCCAUCAAUCCAUACUUAUUAUAAUUUUGGAAAUCAUAAUUUAUUUAAUUCAUAUUUAUUCUGAAAGAUACUAUUCGUCACUCCGUCAUGGGCAAUGCGGACUUACGAAUUGUACAUUUCAUUAUUUUAUGAGUUCAUAGUUCAUAAUCAUCAGGGUUGAACUUGGUAAACGUAUGAUAAAGAAAUACAAGUUAUCAGACAUAGGCAGACUUAAAUAUCGACAACAGUCUUAUGCUAUUUUCAAGUAGUAAUGGUAGUAAAUAGUAAUUUGUCUUCAUUAGAAAGCAAAACAAAAAAAAACAAAAAAAACAUAAGUAUACCUAAAUAGAAGUAAUAGAUUCAUAUAUUCUAUUCUAUUCUAAAUAUACGCAGUAGCUGAAUAAAUAGUUGAUUGUAGUUAAACGUUUCAUUUCAUAAAUAGGUAUACACAAAUUUUCAGCAUACAUAUUUUAACCUUUAUGAACUAAUAUACUUAAUAUUAAUACUACCUACUACAUUAACUUACUUAGGUUUCAGCUUAUACUUCUUAUCUAGUUAUUAGAUACAAAUUCUAUCUCGAUGUUAGAAUAGUACACUUUACGUAAAAAUGUGCCAAAUAUAUGUAUUUAUUUAUAGCUGUUGAUGUUAUUAUAUCAUAUUAUACUUAUUUACAAUCAUUAGUCAUACCAGCCAUUAUGACUAUUGAUUUUUAGAAUAAAUAUUUAUACUUACUGUA